AUCACUGAUAUCACUUCGUUUGGAUUGAAAUGAAUAUUGCUCAGAGCUAUGAAAAACCCCGGUGGUCUGCUGACCUUUGUUCCUGUGGUGAUACUGGAACAUGUUGCAUAACAUGUUUGCUUCCAUGCAUUACCUUUGGUCAAAUUGCAGAGGUCGUGGACGAGGGGGGAAGCUCUUGUGUGUUGCAUGGUUGCAUAUAUGGUGCACUGAUGGUAAUUCAGUGCCAUUGCCUAUAUUCAUGCCUUUACAGAGGGAAAUUGAGAGCCAAAUAUAGGUUACCAUCUGAGCCUUGUAAUGACUAUUGCAUUCACUGCUGCUGUGAGCCAUGUGCUCUUUGUCAAGAGCAUGCUGAGCUUAAAAACAGAGGCCUUGACCCCUCCAAAGGGUGGAUUGGCCCACCAAAUGCUCCUCCGCCGAUGCCCCCUUCCAUGAUCAAAUGAGUUAGACGACUGCAGAGAUGUUGCCGUAGGCUCCAGCACCAGCGGAAGUUUCCUCCUAUAUGAAUUUAUAUUGUAAUUUGUCUGAUGGAUGAACUCCAUAUCUCAUUUCUAGAGGUUAUUGGAGCAUCUCUUUUAUAAUUAAAUGGUGUGAAAUUACUUAUAAGAUUAAAUAAAUUAUUCUAAGCUUAAUAAAAC